AUGUCUAAUGAACAGGUGGUGCAAGAUCUUGCCCUGUUCAUGAAUUCGACCAUCAGUCAUCUACUUGAGCUUAUAAUAUCUAUUCCUGGCUCUAAUUUAGCUAUAUCAUAUUUAAAGAAUGCUUACCAAAACGAUCCAUUUCGUGUGGCCCUCGAACUGUUCCUAGUGUUUUUUGCCAUCAAGUAUAUGCUUUCAAGAAAAUAUAAGCCCAAUGAUAAUAAUGUCAUUUUAACCGAAAAAGAAAUUGACGACCUUGUUGAAGAAUGGCAGCCAGAGCCAUUAGCACCUAAACUGUCUUCUUAUGAUCGCUUCAAUCUCGAAAAAAUACCUGUUCUCACCGGACCUCAAUCUGCUAAAGCUAAAGUCGUUGGACAUGCCAAGUCCUUGAUGAACUUAGCUACUUCAAACUUUUUAAAUUUAACUGCUUCCGAACAAAUUCGUACAAAGGCAGUAGACACUUUAAGAAAUUAUGGUGUUGGUUCUUGUGGUCCUCCAGGUUUCUAUGGUACCAUUGAUGUUCAUAUGGAGUUGGAACGUGAUAUCGCUCGCUUUAUCGGAACUGAUGAUACCAUCAUUUACGCUCAAGGUUUCUCUACCAUCUCUUCUGUCAUCCCAGCAUUUGCUAAGCGCGGUGAUUAUCUGGUUGUAGAUGAUGGUGUAUGUUUUGCCGUUCAGAAAGGUGUUCAAAUCUCACGUUCUAUCGUUCGCUUCUAUAAACAUAAUGACAUGGAAGAUUUAGAAAGAGUAUUGAAUGAAAUUCAAGCUGAACAUAUCAAGCAUAAGAAACGCUUAACUCGUCGCUUCAUUGUCACUGAAGGCCUUUUCGCCAAUUUUGGUGACAUUGCUCCCUUGGAUAAAUUGGUUGAAAUCAAAAAGAAAUUCAAGUACAGAUUGAUAUUGGACGAGUCCCAAUCGAUUGGUGUUCUAGGCAAGCGCGGGGCAGGUUUAACCGAUUUGUACAACAUUGAUGCUAAAGAGAUUGACAUGAUCGUUGGUUCAUUAGCCAACGCUCUUUGUGGUUCAGGUGGUUUCUGUGCUGGCAGUGUCGAAGUGAUUGACCAUCAACGCCUGUCAGGUCUCGCUUACUGUUUUUCAGCCUCCAUGCCUGCUAUGCUUGCUGUGUCUGCAUCCGAAGCGUUCCGUAUUAUCAGCCAACAGCCCACACUUCUUGAUGAAUUACAGGAAAGAGUCUCCUCUUUCCGCCAGAUACUCUUGCAUAAAUCACUAGAACCUUACAUCUAUUUGGAAUCAUCUGAUACGCAAUGCCCUUCACCUUUCUUCCAUAUCCGUAUCAAGGACACCUUCCUUCCUCCUCAAACAAGCAGAGAAACAGAAGAAAGAUUGUUACAGGAUGUUGUUGAUGAAUGCGCCGCACAAGGCGUACUGGUGACAAGAGCCAAAUACGUCUAUGAUCAAGAAUUGAAAUGUCCCAAGCCAAGCAUCAAAAUUCACACGACAAUAGGACUUAGUAAAAAGGAAAAUGACAAGGCAGCCAAUGUUGUAAAAGCAGCCAUCAUUAAAAUCUUUAGCAAAUGGAAGAAAUAA